AUGUGGAACAAAGUAUCUAAUUUGUGUCAUAUUGUGAAUUCUGAUGGUGUGCCUUUGUUGGUGAACCUCAAACUCCAAAGCUCUUCCAAACUGUUUCCCGCGGGCGAGAGGAUACUGGCCGGAGACGGCAGCGAGGAGGUGGAGCUGCUCGGCUGCCAGGAGGCCAUCUCCGACCCGAGGGCCGUCUCUGACCAGAGAGCCAUCUUCGAACAGAGCGCCAUCUCUGACCAAAGAGUCAUCUUCGACCAGAGCGCCAUCUCUGACCAUAGAACCAUCUACGACCAGCGAGCCAUCUUUAAUGAGAGGGCCAUUUCUGACCAGAGAGCCGUUUUAGAGCAGAGUGCGGUCUUCGACCAGGAUGACAUCUCUGAUCCGAGCGUUUUCUUGGAGGGCUCGGAUAGAGUCGAAUAUAUGGCGGUUCUGGCGGCGGUGCCAGCUCCCAAAGAUGCAGCGCGCUUCGUGUCCAUCGGGUCUGCCGAAAAUGCAGGGUGA